AUGGGAGCCCACGCGCCGCAGGAAGCAGGUAGACCGGCAGAGCGCAGCGUCCCCAGCCGACCCGACUGUGUGUCUGCCGGAGCCCCACCCACCAGUCACUCACCGCGGCCGUGGAACUGGUCCCCGCUCCUGCCCAGCCCUGCAGCUAUAAAAGGACCGCCGGGUGCAGGAGACUCCAGCCAGACUACUUCUAUGCUUGUAUCCCGUCGCUUGCUUCCCUCCUCCUCUCGUUCAGUCCAAAGGGCUUUUUGGUGGCGUGUUGCUGCUGCUCACAGGAGGCUGAGCUCUAUGGAUCCUGAAGCUUCCACCAUCACUCCUUCAUGCACACCUGCUGAAUCUCCAGCAUCGAGGACGGGUUCGGUGACAACAAGUGGUGCAGAAAAAACACCUGCUGUGGACCUGUUACCCGGAGAGACUGUAGUCAGGGAGGGAAAGGCUGCCAUUUUGUUUCCUAGUGCCAAUGAGGUGUUUUACAACCCAGUCCAGGAGUUUAACAGAGAUUUAACAUGUGCUGUGAUCACCGAGUUUGCCAGAGAUCUGCUGGCUCAGCGUGGAGUGAAGGUGGUGGUGCCUGGAGAAAAAGAAAAGGUUGUGGUGUCUCUGUCAGAGGAGACGAAUGAAGGCGACACAAAGACCGAAGAGAAAAUUGGUGCAGAGGAACCCAAAGCUACUGCAACAGUAGGGGAAAAGUGUGAGCAAGGGCUCCGUAUCCUGGAGGGUCUGGCAGCUUCUGGUUUGCGCUCGGUGCGUUUUGCUCUUGAAGUCCCCGGCGUGCAGAGCAUCACCGCCAAUGAUUUCUCCUCCAAAGCAGCAGCGCUGAUUGCAAGAAACGCUCAGUACAACCGAGUCAGCCACCUGAUUGAGGCCAGCUGCAUGGACGCCAGCAUGCUGAUGUAUGACAUGCGAGGGAAGAAAGAGCGAUAUGAUGUCAUUGACCUGGACCCCUACGGUAGCCCUGCAACUUUUCUGGAUGCUGCUGUGCAGGCUGUCAGUGAGGGAGGUCUGUUGUGUGUAACGUGUACAGACAUGGCCGUGAUGGCGGGAAACAGUGGAGAAACAUGCUACAGCAAAUACGGCUCGGUCUCCCUCAAAGCCAAGUAUUGUCAUGAGAUGGCUCUUCGUAUCAUCCUCCACAGUUUGGACCAGCGUGCGAAUGUGUACCAGCGAUACAUCCAGCCACUGCUGUCCGUCAGCGCCGACUUUUACAUUCGGGUCUUUGUUCGUGUCUUCACAGGACAGGCUACUGUCAAAAACUCAGUGAGCAAACAGGCUCUGGUGUACAGCUGCGUCGGCUGCGGCUCUUUCCACCUGCAGAGACUGGGCAGAAGAAUCGACAACGGGAAACAGAUGAAGUAUUCUGUUGCCACAGGACCACCUGUUGGACUGGAGUGUGAACACUGCGGACAGAGACAUCAGCUGGGCGGUCCCAUCUGGGCUGAGUCCAUUCACGACCUGGGAUUCGUCCAGAAGGUUUUAGCCGCCACGUCGGGGAAUCCUUCCAGAUUUGGGACGUCCAAACGUAUCGAGGGGAUGCUCAGCAUGGUUACCGAGGAGCUGGAAGAUGUUCCUCUUUACUACACAGUGGACAACCUGAGCAGCACAAUGCACUGCAGCACGCCUUCCCUGCUCCAGUUCAGAUCUGCUCUGCUUCAUGCAGGUCACAGAGUUUCUCUCUCUCACGCUUGUAAAAACGCCAUAAAAACAGACGCUCCUCCUGCAACCAUCUGGGACGUCAUGCGGUGCUGGGAGAAGUCAAACCCUGUGAAGCGGGAGAAGUUGUCCCCGACUAGUCCUGCGUUCAAGAUCCUUUCUGCUGAGCCCAGCCUGGAGGCGUGUUUCACAGUGAGAGAGGAUGCCAACCCCCAGUCUCGUAAACGUCAUUUGACCAGGUUCCAGGAGAAUCCUCAGGCCUUCUGGGGACCCAAAGCUCGAGCCAAAACAGGUGGUGGUAUCGCUUCAAACCUGCAGGACAAGAGGAAGAAGUACCAGAACAAAAGGAAGAACCAGAUCACCGACUCUGCUGAGCUCAAGAACUUUCCCUGCAAGAAGUUCAAACAGGGAACUUGUACAUAUGGAGACGACUGCUGCUACUCCCAUGACGUGGAACAGACGAGAGAGGAUAAAAUACAUGCAUGACUUCCUGUAGCUUUGUUUGAAUUUUAAACAAUUUUAUUUCUGUAGUUGACUGGGAUUGUGC